AUGAAUUUGAACCAAGAUGAUCUAAAGCUUCUGGUGGAACAAAUUACCGACUUUGACUAUUUCAGUAAAAAUGGGUAUAAUCUUUGGAUAUUUUUCAAAGUUCAAGAGUGGUCAUCAUUUUUUGAUAUGCUGAAUGGAUCAACUUAUCCUUAUCUUGUAAAAGAUUUCUGGGCAUGGGCAGAAGUUUUUGAUGAAUCUGCUGCACGUGAAGAACUGGAACUUCUGGUUAAUAGGGACAACUCUUUGAAAGGGAAAACAAAGAAAGAAGCAAGAUUAAAAGAGUUUGAAGAGAUGGAAAUUAGAUCAGCUGUAAUGGGUGUUGAUAUGGUCAUCACUCAAAAUAAAAUUGCUAAACUUUUAAGAGCUCCAAACUCUAGUAAAUAUGUUGUGGGAACCAAAUACCAUAGUCCUGAAGCAGAUGCAAUUAAACAAUAUUUGUUUGAAGAGUAUGGCAAUUUCUAUUCCUCUGACUUUGGAAAGGUCGGGAACAUGAAGGAUAAUUUCAGGCUUUUGUUCAAAAUUUUAAUCAAUUGUAUAAUUCCAAGGGAAGGAAGCACCAAUCAGAUUUUUUGGGAUCACAAACAUUUCAUUUUCUACCUGAAGAAUGAGGACAAGAUCAAUAUGUCAUCUUACAUCUUCAAUCAUAUAUGUGAAGCUAUAAAGGAUAGCACAAAGCUUCAGAAGAAGAAUGUUUUGUAUGCUAGAUUGUUGCCAGAACUGUUCUUUCAAGGUCGUCUAAUUGAUGCCCUUAAAAGCUUGUAUGAUAAUGAAGAUCUAGAGGAGUUUUAUGGAAAUAUCAUAUCAGCUUCUGUUCUAGAUAACACGGAAAUGAAGAUGAAAUGUGAAAUUUUUGCUUCAGAUAUUCCUAUUUCGGUUAGAUGUACUACCUCUAAUUACCUCAAGGAUUAUCCUGUCAUCACUAAGAUAGAUAACCCUGAACUAAUCAGAAAUUUCAUCAUACAGUCUUUCAAGGAAGGAAAUAACAUUAGACUUAAAGAUAUUCCUAAUAAACCUAUUGAUGUUCAUUUUUCUAAGAAGAGGAAGCGAUAA